AUGGAUGAAAAGCCAUACGGGUGUCCGGAGUGUCGGAAAAGAUUCCGGCACCUUGGCCAUAUGAAGACACACAGGCUGGUGCAUAUGGAUGAUAAGCCUCAUAAGUGUCCAGAAUGCUGGAAAACAUUCUUUAAACUUGCACAUAUGAACAAACACAAGCUGGUUCAUUUAGAGGAUAAACCUCAUGAGUGUUCCGAGUGUGGGAAAAAGUUCCUAAAACUUGGACAAAUGAACAAACAUAGGAUGGUUCAUUCAGAUGAUAAAUUUCAUGAGUGUCCCGACUGUGGGAAAACAUUCAGAAAACUUGCAAAUAUGAAGAGGCACAAGCUGGUGCAUACAGAUGAUAAACCUUAUGAGUGUCCCGACUGUGGGAAAAGAUUCCGUAAACUUGAAUAUAUGAAGAUGCACAAGCUAGUGCAUACCGAUAUAAAACCUCAUGAGUGUUCCAACUGUGGGAAAAGAUUUAGAAAGCUUGCAAAUAUGAAGAGGCACAAAAUGGUCCAUUCAGCUGAUAAACUUCACGAGUGUCACGACUGA